ACUGACACUGCGCUGAAGAACGUGUGUGAGUGUGUGCUGCGCGUCAAGUGGAUCGUUGAAAAUGCGCAAGCGGCUAUUCGGCCUGGAAAAGUUGGAAGUUAACAAAAAUGUUUGACCAAAAGGAAGACGAACGCGGAUAUUUGGUGUACAUCAACCGCUUCAACAGCACCACGCAGCUUGAUAACCCAAAUCUAACAUAUAUUUUGAACAAAAUCAACGAAAAGUUUGCUACCUCCAAGUACAGUACUUAUCGCUGUGCGUGCAAAUUAUUUGCUCUACAAAAGGCACUGUUCACCAACUACAUUCCAUUUCAAACGAUUUGCACUAUUCUGGAACGCCACCGUUUGAAUCAAAUCGACAGCGCACCAUCAAUCAAACCAUCCCAGCUAACGGCCGUCCUUCACGAUGUAUACUUUGCCGCCGAGCAAUUGGGCUAUUUCGCGGAGCUGACCCAACAACCGGAUCGCGAUGCCUUGAUUUCUACGCUGGCGGGGCUUCUGUGGUCAGUGUUCGAUCCCAAGCGUUGCAACCCGUUGUCUGUGCUAGAACUUAAGCAGACAUUUCUUCUUUUGUGCGAAACGAGCAACUUUGAGCAAGUGGUUUGGGAGCAUUUCCAACUUACGAGUGACCACAAUCUUUGUGUUUCGCGCCAUCGCUUGGAAGCGGUUUUAUUGAACUUUUCCAAGUUGCUUUCGUUCCUUGGUGAACCGGACCACCUGAAGACGGCGCUCGUGCAGGAGAUUGUGAUGGAGUGCUUCACCCACUAUCCGGGGUUGGUCGGCUUGACGGAGUACCAGUUUUCAUGCCUUUUUCGGUUUUCGUCGAAAUUCUCGUACUAUUCAAAUGUCCUGGCCCUCUCGAAGCGCCUCAGAGAGUCGGAAUUUGUGGUGCACAGUGUUGCGUGUGGUGCCUGUCGCUCCCCCAUCCAGGGACUUCGGUUCAAGUGCCAGCGGUGCCGCAAUCUGUCACUCUGCAUCGAUUGCUUCAGCCAUGGAUAUUCCAGCAAGAGUCAUAAAGUUGGCCACAAGAUGUACGAGAUCAGUACUAAUGAUAUUGCUACAAACCCCUUUUCAUCGUUGUUCUCCAAACUGUGCAAAAUGAUCAGUUGCUCACAGAAUUCUCAAACUCGCGAUCAUCAACCUUCCACCUACGACAACAUGGAGGCGAAACUGAUCGACACGAAUGCCGUCGAGUUGCAAGAGGUGUAUGUUCCACCGGCAGCCAGCAGCACCCUAUCCCGCUCGUUAACUUCUACAAGUUGCGCUUCGUUGCGUAAAGCUUCGAGCAAAAAUGUAAGCAUUUUUAGCAACAUUGACUGCCAACUGUUUACAAGUAGCAGCCAAAGCCAGGCGUUAGGAGAAAAGCUGGUCUCCAUGCUGGAAGUCCUGGAGGAGGACGGCGAAAAGUACCGCGUCAAACUGGCCAAUUUAAAGGCCAGCGGCGGCAUCGAUACAGCUAAACUAAAUUAUUUUGACGAACAUGGCAAAUUGAUCGCGGAGCAGCUUAAAGUACUGAAAGAAGUCGGCACAAAGCUGGGUCGAGGCUUUCCCCAGAGUUCGAGCACUCCUUACCGAUCGGCAAGUGUCAAGGGCGCCAAGUUGAACCUUUCAGCUGUUCAAAGUCGUUUGGAAAAGUCUAUUGACGGUGCAGAACUAAACAAAUCGUACGUAAAUGAUCAACUUCCAUCGGAACUUUCGGUCCGGGAUGUAAGCGCGUGGUUCCAUCUGGAUCGCUUGUCGGAGACGAUGCUCGAGCAAAUGGAAGCGGACAUUAGCAAGCCAAAAUCGAAUCCUAAAACGCAACACGUGGAAGAGCUAAGCCGAUGCAUCGACAAUCUUCGGAUGGAUACGCAAAUUUCCAACUUUAAAGAUUUGCUGCUAAAGGUGCGCGAAAUUGUGGACGACUCGUACAGUGAUAAUACGGAACUGGCCCGUACUACGCAGCAACUGGAGAAGGCACUGGAUCGGAUAAUUGAAGAAGAAGAGCGAAAGCGACAUGCGCAUGUUUGAUCGUGUGUUUUUGUUGUAAUUUGACGUGACUCAUGAAACGAAUUUCUUCCAGUUUUUUUU